GAAUGAAAGAUCUGUUACUCAUUUGUCUCCCGUAUUUAACUCUUACCCAUCCAACAGUAACUGUUUUUCUCUCUACUCUCUCUCUCUUUCCUACCUUCCUUCCAUGUCUCUCGCAUACCUUGGGGGUAGUCCGUCCAAACCUCCACAAACCCCACCCUCUCUCUACUUUCUAUCUCCCCUCUGUAAAAUUCCAUUUUGCUUCAAAGAAAAGACUGUGAGAGAGAGAGAAAAGGGGUAGUUUCACACACCCCAACCUCUCUCCACUUUCCCUCUAAUCUCUCUCUCCUGUUGCAUUGUUCAAGAGGGAAUGAUAGAGAGCGGAGGGGCAGGGGCCUCCUAAAGCAUGAUGACUAUUACAUCAGGCCUAGCUGCCGCCGCCACCACCACCACCAUCUAUUCUCUUUAUCUCCUCUUGUUCAUGAGCUUCUUCUCGGGGUCCUCCGGGAAGAAUUAUGCACCAUCCGACGCGAUCCUCGUGAACUGUGGGUCGUCCAGCGAUGGGGUGGAUGCCGAUGGCCGCUCAUGGAAGGGGGAUGUACACGGCUCCCGUUACACCCUUGAUUCCGAGAACACUGUCCCUGCCCGUGCCGAAACCCAAGACCCCUCUCUCCCCUCCACCAUCCCCUACAUGUCUGCCAGGAUCUUCAGUUCGCGCUCAACCUAUGAAUUUUCGGUGACACCCGGACGCCAUUGGGUAAGACUACAUUUUUACCCCUCUUCGUACAGCGGCCUCAGCCCUGAUGAUGCCCUCUUCUCCGUUGAGGCCUCCGGCGGUUUCAUGCUGCUCCGCAACUUCAGCGCAUCAAUCACUGCCACCGCUCUCACCCAGGCAUACAUCAUUCGUGAAUUCUCGGUGAAUGUCACUGGGAAAUCAUUGUCUCUGACAUUUGAGCCAUCAGUCAAGCACAGGUCGGCAUAUGCAUUCGUGAAUGGGAUUGAGAUUGUCUCGAUGCCCGACAUUUACGUGUCAAGUUCUGAGCUCCCCUCACUGGUCGGUUUCACCCAUCAGACGGUGGCUUCGACCUCAGCUCUUCAGACAAUGUUCAGGCUCAAUGUGGGGGGUCAGUACAUCGCAGCCGGGAAUGACACCGGGAUGAGCAGGACAUGGUACGAUGACACCCCGUACAUAUAUGGUGCCGGUGUCGGUGUCACAUAUUCGGCUGACCCAGAUGUGAAAAUACGGUACCUGGACAGCAUACCGGAGUACACAGCGCCGGUGGACGUGUACAGCACAGCUAGGUCGAUGGGGCCAGACUCAAGGGUAAAUGUGAAUACCAAUUUGACAUGGGUAUUUCAGGUUGAUUCCAAUUUCACCUAUAUUGUGAGGCUCCAUUUUUGCGAGCUUCAGCUCACAAAGAUUAACCAGAGAGUCUUCGACAUCUUCCUCAAUAACAAGACAGCCGAGGGAGCUGCCGAUGUGCUAGCCUGGGCUGAGAGCAGGGCAGUCCCUGUCCACAAAGAUUAUGCUGUCUAUUUGUCUGAUGAGCCAGGGGUGGAUUACCUAUGGGUGGCACUCCACCCCAAUCAGGCAGCCCACCCCGAAUACUAUGAUGCCAUUCUCAAUGGCCUCGAGAUCCUCAAGCUCAAUGACAGCACCGGAAAUCUCGCUGGCCCAAACCCUACCCCGGCCCCGAUCGAAUCCCCCCCAUCGAUGGCCUCAACAGCAGCCCAAACGCAAAGCUCAACCUCAAGAAUCCACGUGAUUGGGGGUGCGGCCGGUGGGGCUGCGGCUCUUAGUGUGGUGUUUGCCAUUUGCAUUGCAGUUUACUAUAGGAAGAAGAGGGAGCCCUCAUCGGACUCAGCUGGCGGUUCAGGAUGGCUGCCUUUGUAUGGUGGUGGCAACUCACAGAUGAUGAACAACAGCAAGGUCUCAACUGUCUCAGGUCGGAGUACUGCAAGCAGCCAUGUGUCGUCCCUCGCGGCGAAUCUUUGCCGUCACUUUUCCUUCCAAGAGAUAAAGCAGGCGACCAAGAACUUUGAAGAGUCCCUCGUUUUGGGGGUUGGGGGAUUUGGGAAGGUGUACGAGGGAGAGAUUGACAAUGGUGUGAAGGUGGCCAUCAAGAGAGCCAAUCCCUCAUCAGAGCAAGGACUUCACGAGUUCCAAACAGAAAUUGAGAUGCUUUCGAAACUAAGGCACCGUCACCUUGUUUCCCUGAUUGGUUAUUGCGAGGAGAACAAUGAGAUGGUCCUUGUUUAUGAUUACAUGGCCUAUGGGACGCUUAGGGAGCACCUCUACAAGAGCAAGAUGCCACCACUCUCGUGGAAGCAGCGGCUAGAGAUAUGCAUCGGUGCAGCAAGAGGACUGCACUAUUUGCACACAGGAGCCAAGUAUACCAUCAUACACAGGGAUGUGAAGACCACCAACAUACUUCUCGAUGAGAAGUGGAUUGCCAAGGUCUCGGAUUUUGGGCUUUCGAAGACCGGCCCAGGCCUUGACCACACCCAUGUGAGCACAGUGGUGAAGGGAAGUUUCGGAUAUCUGGAUCCUGAGUACUUCAGGAGGCAGCAGCUAACUGAUAAAUCUGAUGUCUACAGUUUUGGGGUGGUCUUGUUCGAGGUCUUGUGUGCAAGGCCUGCGCUCAACCCCAGCCUUCCAAAGGAGCAGGUUAGCUUGGCCGACUGGGCUUUGCACUGUCAGAAGAAGGGGGUUUUGGAGGAUUUAAUUGACCCAUUCUUGAAGGGAAAGAUAAACCCAGAGUGCCUGAAGAAGUUUUCAGAGACCGCUGAGAAGUGCCUGUCGGAUAGUGGGGUCGACCGCCCUGCCAUGGGAGAUGUGCUUUGGAACUUAGAGUUUGCAUUGCAGCUACAAGAGGGCUCAGAGGAGGGCAAGAUUCCUGCAGAUGUAGCCCCUGCAAGGUUGCCAGAAUCCGGCAACCAUCAUGUCACCUUCGUUGUUGGGUCAGAAAGGGAGGAGAGUGUAACAAGCCAGGAUUCAGAUGGGCUCAACACAAGCGCAGUUUUCUCCCAGCUCAUCAAUCCAUCAGGUCGGUGAGUUUUCCAAAAGCUGCGAAAAAUCUCAAGUCCUAGGUUUAAGGAGCAGAUUGUCGUGCGUAUCAAUGAAGGCAAGCUUCUCUGGCAAUAAAGGAUGGUGUCUCUCCUUAGAAAUUUAUUUGGGCACAAUUGUAAUUUUCAGGAGGAAUUUGUAAUUUUCGGAAGGAAUUGUUUAUUGCUGUUGCAAGGUUUUAUUCAUAUCCUUUUGUAUGGAUAAUAUAAAUAUUGUCAAGUGGUUUUAGGGAGACAUAUUUUUAAUAUGAUUGCACUAUUGUUUGACUA